AUGAGUUCAGUCGUUCGAUUACUCACCGGCAAAACGGCUGCAAUUACAGGCGGUACUACAGGAAUCGGACGAGCCAUCACCCUCGAGUACCUCCGCCAAGGCGCAAAUGUCGCCGUCAACCAUCUAGGUCUCUCCAAGGACGAACCGCUUCGUCGAAGCCUUGUCGACGAGGCCAAGCGUCUGAGCAGAGAGGCACCUGAGGGAGCACCAACUGGAGAGCUGCUGGAGAUUGCUGGAGAUGUGACAGAUCCAGAGACGGGGAAGGCUCUGGUAGCAGAGGCAGUCAAGAAAUGGGGAGCUUUGGACGUGUUUGUUGCGAAUGCAGGCAUUUUCAAGGCCAACGCGUUUCUCGAUAUCGAAAAGGAGACGUUUGACAAUUCUAUGCGAGUCAACGUCAACGGAGCUUUUUACACGUGCCAGGCCGCAGCUCGACAGAUGGUCAAGCAGGGUAACGGGGGCUCCAUCAUUGGCAUCUCGUCCAUCAGCGCACUGGUCGGCGGCGGGCUCCAAGUGCACUACACACCGACCAAGGCUGCUCUCCUUUCCAUGACCCAAUCAAUGGCGAUUGCCCUUGCCAAGGACAAGAUCAGAGUCAAUGCCCUCCUUCCUGGCACGAUCCAUACCCAGCUGGCUGAUGCCGACAUGGCCAACGAAGAGAAGCGCAAGUACUUGGAGCACCGCAUUCCGUGGGGCCGGGUCGGGAAGCCUGAGGAUCUGGCUGGACCAGCUGUGUUCCUCGCUUGUGAGAAGAUGAGUGGUUUUGUUACGGGGGCUCAGUUACUGGUGGAUGGUGGAAUGUUUGUACAUCUUCAAUAA